GGCUGCUGUGACCGGGCAAGGCCGCGAGGAGGCGCCGGGGCCGGAGAGAGAGAGGCAGAGCCCGGGGGACGCAGAAAGGCCGGGGAGUACGCUAUGUAGAGGCUGGUAUCGGGCAGCCUGGGGAGGCGACACCAUCAUGAGAAGAUGUGCCGUUGUUAGAUCAAUAAGAUGCCCACAGGAUACACGUGGUGUCAUCACCAGCCAUUGCUGCAAGACACUCAUGAAGCUGUCCGAAAGCCAUAGAGGCCCCACUAACAGCAGGAAGCAUCAUGAAGCCUGCAUACGAGCGCAGCCAGGAAUGCCUUCCACCAAAGAAACGCGAUCUGGUCCAGAACACUAUAAAUAUAGAGGAGCCGCCCAAGGUGGAUAACUCCUCCAAUGACAGUCGAGCUACUGAGACACCUAACAACUGGCCCAGAGGAGUGCUGGUGGCAGCAGGACAAGGACCUGGGGUCAGCUAUGAAGUGCUGGGGGAAGGGGCUGAGACUGUCACAGUGGAUCAGUAUGGAAAUCUUUACAAACUUGCUGUCCCAUCUGCUGCCUUCUCCCCACCUGGCCUCCACUCUGUGGUCAACAUGGGCUCCAUUCCUCCCUCUUUUAAUGUAGCAUCUCCAUUGAUUCAGCAUCCUGGAUUAACAUAUCCACCUAUUCAUUACACUCCCAUUUCGCACACAUCUGUGCAGUUUCUUGGGUCUCCUUAUGCCGUUCCCUAUGCUGUUCCUCCAGGCUUCCUUCAGCGAGCUGUGAUUUCCCCUCCUGCUACUUUGGCUGCUUCUCAUGUCCCUCACUAUGUGCCAUAUAACUCCAUCUUGCCUGAGGGGGUAACUCCACCUCCUCAGACUCCAUCCCCACACUCUUUCAAUAAAGUGAACACAGCACAAUCGCCACCAGUGCUCAUGGGUGUUGUACCUGUCGAUGUCACAAAGGGAAGGUUUCCCAUAUUUUAUCAGCAUUCUUCUCAGCUGCAAGCUGGUUAUCCUGUGCAUGAGAUGGUCUUGACAUGUCCUCCUAAUCUAGACCAUAGCCCAGCCUCUCCAAAUCGCAAGGAAUCCUUGAUCGCACCGAACAAUGGGGCCCAGAGAGGGCCUGACGUUGCCUCCAGUCGAAGGAGCAGUCAGGCCAUGGACCAGUACAUUCAUAACGCAGAGGUGCAUAUCGCAAGAGGCAAGGGUGAAGGUCUGUUGGACUGUGAUGUAUACUCAGGACAUGCACCACAAAGGACAGAAGUCACUUUGAUGACCCAUCGCAGCACUCCUGAUACAGAUCUAGAAGUUCAGAGAGUGGUUGGAGGUAUGGCGUCACAAGAGUAUUCUACAACCUCUGUUCAGAGAAAAGACAGGAUGAGCCCGUUAAAUCUUUCCACGGAUGGUAAACAUGAAGCAGAGCAGAGACACCGAACCAUUGCAAGUCCGUCCAGAGGAGAACUUAGGGGCGUAUACAAUAUUCAACACCCUCUCAAAUACUCAGAAAAAAAUGCACUUAUAUCAAAUGGAGGCUCAACCCAAGGAGCAAUGUGUCCCGAAGAGAGCCUACCUUCAGAAGUUCCCCAACAUGCCUCUAAGACCCAAAGGACAAAAUCUCCUGGAGGCCUCAACAGAGACUCUCACCCAGAUAGAGGCUCUCCGGCCACAGGACCCAGCCAGCCUCCACAUUCCACCACCCUUCCCUCCCACUUCAUGAAAGGAGCCAUUAUUCAGCUUGCCACUGGAGAACUGAAGAGAGUAGAGGAUCUGCAGACCCAGGAUUUUGUGCGCAGUGCUGAGGUCAGUGGUGGCCUUAAAAUUGACUCCAGCACUGUGGUGGACAUCCAGGACAGCCAGUGGCCAGGCUUUGUGACUCUUCAGUUCAUUGUCGGAGAGCAGCAGAGCAAAGUCUGUUUGGACGUCCCACCCGAACAUCCGUUCUUUGUGUAUGGUCAAGGCUGGUCAUCUUGUAACCCCUCCCAGACCGCUCAACUAUUUGCACUUCCCUCCCACCAGCUCCAAGUAGGGGAUGUCUGCAUCUCCAUUAGCUUGCAGAAUAUAACCAAGAAUGGUGCCUCCCCAGCCAGUGGCAUCCCUGCACAUCAAGUCCUGCCACUCCCUAAUGAGAAAGCAGUGUUACAGUCUAGAGAGUGCCCAGACAGAGAUGGCGAUAAGCAGAAUCAGCGUCAGAAAGAUGGCAUGGCACAGAGCUCUCAUGCCCUGACCAUGUGCCCUCUUCCUUUAGCUCAGUCAAGCUGGCCCAGUUCAGCAGUCCAAAGAUUCAGCGGGCAGAGUUCAGAAACCCGGCCUUCGCCUUCACGACACUCUUUCAUUCCGCAGGAGGUGAAGCUGUCCAUCGAGGGCCGGUCAAAUGCAGGGAAGUAGCGCAACAUUCAAAAAAUAA